AUGGCCUACGAAACCAAUCUUUCUCGGAAUAUGAAUACUGCAUUCCUGAAUGGCGAUAUGAAACCUCGAUGGAGCCUAGAACACCGCUCCUCGCCUCCUCGCAAUCUCCCAGACACAACCCCAGAUGACAUUGAUAUUGAAAAGAAUGGCUUCACUGGCAUUCAAGAAACAAGCCCAGGUGGUCCUCAUUUUGGACUCGCGCCCAGAAGAGGCUGA